GCAAGGCGAGGACCCGGGAUCGGAGAGGGAUGCGCCAGGCGUUGUCUUCGGCCCGCGGCGGCGGCGGCCGCCAGAAACCCCAGAGGAGCUGAGGGAGGCGACGCCGAAGCGCUGGCCCGGAGUGGCCACUGUUGCAGCCCUGGUGGCGGGCUAGGGCGCUCGCCCCGUUUCUGGGCCGAUCUCAUUCCAGCGCCUCAGCUCCCGGCCCGGGGUCCGUCCCAGCCUCCCAGCCUCGCUCCCAGGUCCCAGAUGACCACCGAGGGCGGGCCGCCGCCGCCCCCGCCGCGCCCGCCGCCAGCCCCGCUCCGCCGCGCGUGCAGCCCGGCCCCCAGCGCCUUGCAGGCCGCCUUGAUGAGCCCGCCGCCCGCCGCCGCCACCGCAGCCCUGGAGACCACCUCGUCGUCGUCCUCCUCCUCCUCCGUCUCCUGUGCCUCGUCUUCCUCCAACUCGGCCAGCGCCUCCUCGAUCGCCUGCAAGAGCGCGUCUGGCGGUGCCGGCGGCGCGGGCGCCGGGAGCGGGAGCACCAAGAAGGCGAACUCGGGGCUGCGGCGGCCCGAAAAGCCGCCCUACUCGUACAUCGCGCUCAUCGUCAUGGCCAUCCAGAGCUCCCCCAGCAAGCGCCUGACGCUCAGCGAGAUCUACCAGUUCCUGCAAGCGCGCUUCCCCUUCUUUCGGGGCGCCUACCAGGGCUGGAAGAAUUCCGUGCGCCAUAACCUCUCGCUCAAUGAGUGUUUCAUCAAGCUGCCCAAGGGGCUCGGGCGGCCCGGCAAGGGUCACUACUGGACCAUCGACCCGGCCAGCGAGUUCAUGUUCGAGGAGGGCUCGUUCCGCCGACGGCCGCGCGGCUUCAGGAGAAAGUGCCAGGCGCUCAAGCCCAUGUACCACCGCGUGGUGAGCGGCUUGGGCUUCGGGGCCUCGCUGCUGCCCCAGGGCUUCGACUUCCAGGCGCCCCCGUCGGCGCCGCUCGGCUGCCACGGCCAGGGCGGCUAUGGUGGCCUCGACAUGAUGCCCGCGGGCUACGAUGCCGGUGCAGGGGCCCCAGGGCACGCGCAUCCGCACCACCACCAUCACCACCACCACGUCCCGCACAUGUCGCCUAAUCCGGGCUCCACCUAUAUGGCCAGCUGCCCGGUGCCUACGGGUCCUGGAGGCGUCGGUGCGGCAGGGGGUAGCAGCGGCGGUGGGGACUAUGGGCCAGACAGCAGCAGCAGCCCAGUGCCCUCAUCCCCGGCCAUGGCGAGCGCUAUCGAGUGCCACUCUCCUUACACAAGCCCUGCUGCACACUGGAGCUCGCCUGGCGCCUCGCCUUACCUCAAGCAGCCCGCUGCCCUGACACCCAGCAGCAACCCCGCGGCCUCCGCGGGAGGCCUGCACUCCAGCAUGUCUUCCUACUCUCUGGAGCAGAGCUACUUGCACCAGAACACCCGUGAGGACCUCUCAGUGGGACUUCCCCGUUACCAGCAUCACUCUACUCCAGUGUGCGACAGAAAAGAUUUUGUCCUCAAUUUCAAUGGCAUUUCUUCUUUCCACCCCUCAGCUAGUGGUUCUUAUUAUCACCAUCACCAUCAGAGUGUGUGCCAGGAUAUUAAGCCAUGUGUCAUGUGA